GCCACCGGAGGACUCAUGUUCGGAUAUGAUAUUGGAAUUUCAGGGGGAGUGACAUCAAUGGAUGAUUUCUUAAAUAAAUUCUUUCAUGGAGUGUAUGUGAGAAAACAUGAAGCCAAAGAGAGCAACUACUGCAAAUAUAAUAACCAGGGCCUUCAGCUUUUCACAUCAUCAUUGUAUCUGGCAGCCAUUGUUGCCAGUUUCUUUGCUUCCAAGGCCUGCUCAAAGUAUGGCAGGAAACUCACAAUGCAAGCUGCUUCUGUUUUCUUUCUGAUUGGUGUUGUUUUGAAUACUGCAGCUGUUAGUCUUCCUAUGCUUAUCAUUGGAAGAAUUCUUCUUGGUUUUGGAGUAGGAUUUGCUAAUCAGGCUGUUCCGUUGUUCUUGUCGGAAAUGGCGCCGGUGAGAAUCAGAGGAGCAUUGAACAUUCUUUUCCAGCUUCAAGUAACAAUUGGGAUCUUCAUAGCUAACAUAGUGAACUACUUCACAUCUGAUCUGCAUCCGUGGGGAUGGAGGCUCUCUCUUGGUCUUGCCGGAGUUCCGGCGCUCAUCCUCUUCCUUGGCUCUUUGCUCAUCACCGAGACUCCAACAAGCCUUAUUGAGCGAAAUGAAGAAGAAAAAGGCCUGCAAGUGCUCAGGAAAAUCAGGGGAACAGAUAACGUGACUGCUGAAUUCCAACAACUUGUUAAUGCGAGUGAAGUAGCAAGACAAGUGAAGCAUCCUUUCAGAAAUCUCAAGAAGAGGAACAACAGGCCUCAGCUCAUCAUUGCCAUAUUAAUGCAAGUGUUCCAACAAUUCACAGGAAUCAAUGCCAUCAUGUUCUACGCUCCUGUGCUCUUCCAAACAAUGGGAUUCAAGAACAACGCUUCGUUGUUAUCAUCUGUGAUCACUGGUCUUGUUAAUGUCUGCUCCACCAUUGUUUCUGUUGUUUUUGUGGACAAAAUUGGAAGGAAAAAGUUAUUGAUUGAAGCCUGUGGUCAGAUGCUCAUUGCACAGACAAUCAUUGGAGGAAUUCUAACUGCAAAUUUGCAUGAUAGUAACACACUGGUUAAAAAUAUGGCUGUUGCGGUGGUGGUGAUGGUAUGUUUGUUUGUGUCUGGAUUUGCAUGGUCAUGGGGACCUCUUGGGUGGUUGAUACCAAGUGAAACUUUUCCAUUAGAAACAAGAACAGCAGGUUAUGCCUUUGCUGUUAGCUCAAACAUGCUCUUCACCUUCCUCAUUGCUCAAGCAUUUCUAUCAAUGUUGUGCCAGAUGAAGUCUGGUAUCUUCUUCUUCUUUGCUGCUUGGAUUGUUGUCAUGACGUUGUUUGUUGUGUUUCUACUGCCGGAGACGAAAGGCAUUCCGAUAGAUGAGAUGAGUGAGAGAGUGUGGAAGCAGCACUGGUUUUGGAAGAGGUUCAUGGCUGAGGAUGAAUGUGAGCUUUCAAAGAUGGAGAAGGGAAUUGCAGCAUGA